GCCGUAACUAAUUCGACUUUGUCAGUCAUUGUAACACCACUUCCGAAAAGAGCAAAUAUCAACUACAAUGACCAAGCGCAACACAUAUUCGCUCUUCAUAUUCCAUUUCAUCUCACCAUAAAUACAAGGAAUAGUUACGUGAUCUAUGUUUAUCUUCUCCCUAAAGGAAUUGAUAGUCAUAAUACUAACGCGUUACCGAUGACGUUCACUCAGAGUGGACAAAAAUGUGUAUAUACAACGCAUAAUGUAUUACAACAAAAGGAAGACGAGAUGAUCUAUGAUUACAAAUCAAACGUCAUAUGA